AUGACGCAACCACCACCAUCAACACCUACGCCUCGUCGCUUUUUGCUUUCAAAAAGACCGCCACAAUCACAGCGUACUCCAGUUAGCGGGCCCCCGGUCUUCGCGAGCAGUCAGCGAUUCCAGACAACGCCACGCUUCGCUCAGCCGUCGUCGACACAGCGACCUUCGACACAGCGCCCGCCUUCCACGCCUGGUUUUCCUAGUACGGCACGGCUGCCAAGACACCAGGAUCCUAUCCAUGAUGCGCUGGAUAGUUCUCCGUUGAACAGCUCCCCUCCAGAUGCAACUGCCACUGUGAUACAGUCGGCGCGUUCGACUCUGAAAGCAAGCACGCAGAGGGUGAAGGAGAGGAUCGAAAUCGAUUCAGAUGCCGACAGCAACUCCCAAGAUGACGACGAGGAGCAUAUAUCAAGGCCUAGCCGGCUUGUGGCGAAAGAUUCAAUCGAAAUCGAAUCAGAUGCUCCUGGCGACACGCAAGGCGACACGCAAAGCGACCUUGUGGAGAGGACACCGAAAAGGAGGCGCAUUUCGAUUACACCGACGCAUAGCUGGGAAAACAACGCCAUUGACAACGACACCGCACAUUUGAAGGAGGAGGAUGAUGUUUAUCAUUCCACAAGCGAGCAGAACGAGAUGUUGCUAGACGACAAAGACGCUAUUCUUCCAGAUGAAGACUCACGCAUGAGCGAAGAACCUGAUAUCCCCGACUUUGACGAGACAGAUGUGACUAAAAUACAACCCACGUUCCAGCGUGCACCGCGCUUUAAGGUUUCCGACAUAGAGGCGGCGCGCCAAGAAAGUCUGGCGGUUGCGUUUUCGCCCCAGCGUCGAGGCCCAAAGUAUGUUGCCGGCGGGCUUGCCGCUGAGCUACAAUCGUGGCUAGCAGACGUCAAAGGUUGGGGAGAUGAACAUAGGCCAGCAGACUUGGUCAUGAGGAUUGUUAUCGAUGAGGUACGUCCUGGCAAUAGGAUGUGUAUCGUCAAGGGACGGAGGAUUGUUGAGGCGGGAGAGAUGAGGGAGGAGAUCGCGGCGAGAUUAAUGUUAGCUGGAGAGGGACGGCUGACAGGCUUAGGUCAGAAGGCAUCCGUCGUCGUGGGAAGCAGUGUUGCGAUCUCGCAGCCUGCUUGGGAAGUCGUGCUGCAGGGAACGAAGUGGAUUGUUGCAUGCGAUUGGGCAGUUUUGUGA